UUUUAAAAGACUAAUAAAGAUAAAAAAAUGAUGCUUCAAUCACAUGUCAACCCACAUCUGGCUCGCUCAGAGCCAUCGACUGCAUCGGUGCUCCUCUCGUCAUGCCUUUCCUCCUCAAUCGAUUGCUUUCGCCUUCCCCUUCGUUACAUCCAAAACAUGGCAGCGUCCUCGGGUGAAAUACAGGUUGCCCCUGUUAAAAAGACAUCAGCCAGAGGCCCUCGACGGGUAGCAAAUCAAAUCCCUAAUGACAUCCUCCAAGAUCCUGAGCUACAAGACGCUAUGAAAGCCCUGCCUUCAAAUUAUAACUUUGAGAUCCACAAGACAGUUUGGCGCGUGAGACAGGCAAACGCUAAAAGAGUUGCUUUGCAGCUUCCAGAAGGUCUACAGAUGUUUGCCUGCACCAUUGCUGACAUCAUUGAAAGGUUCACCGAGGCAGACACCAUAGUGAUGGGGGACGUGACAUACGGAGCGUGCUGCGUCGACGACUUCACCGCCCGAGCCUUGGGAGCUGAUUUCAUGGUUCACUAUGGACACAGCUGUCUCAUCCCCAUAGAUUCCAUGGCAGGCAUUAAGAUGCUGUAUGUGUUUGUGGAUAUCCAGAUGGACAACGUGCACUUCCUGGACACAGUCAAGUUCAACUUUUCUCCUGGACAAUCUUUGGCCCUCGUCAGCACUAUUCAGUUUGUGGCAGCACUGCAGGCUGUGAGUUCAGCCCUCAAACCUCAGUACGACGUGAUAGUCCCUCAGUGUCGCCCCCUGUCGCCAGGUGAAAUUUUGGGCUGUACCUCCCCCCGCUUGGAUCGCCAUGUCGAUGCCUUAAUUUAUCUCGGAGAUGGAAGAUUUCACUUGGAGUCCAUCAUGAUUGCAAACCCUGAUAUUCCUGCCUAUAGAUAUGACCCCUACAGCAAAGUGUUCUCCAGGGAGUAUUACGACCACGAGGCCAUGCGCGCAUUAAGGCUGCAGGCCAUCGCAGAGGCUCGACUGGCUCAAAGAUGGGGCCUGAUCUUGGGCACACUUGGCCGACAGGGCAGUCCCAAAGUCCUCGAGCACCUAGAAUCAAGGCUCCAGUCUGUGGGGAAGUCCUUCACUCGCGUUCUGCUCUCUGAGAUUUUCCCAAGCAAACUGGAUCUGAUGGCAGACGUAGAUGCAUGGGUCCAGAUCGCUUGUCCACGCCUCUCAAUUGACUGGGGCACAGCCUUCUCCAAACCCCUACUUUCCCCAUACGAGGCAGCUGUUGCCCUACAAGAGGUAGACUGGAAAGAAGUUUACCCCAUGGACUUUUAUUCCAAUCAGAGCUCGGGGCCGUGGGCGCCCAACCACCCUGACAACCAGCCUGUGCGGCCCGCUCGCAGACAGACCCAGGUGCUGUCAUUGUUGCUGUCCCACUGUCAGCAGAAAGAAAGCAAGGAGCCAUCUCCCCCCAUCAAACAGUGUCACAGCGCCCCCUGUGGCUGCCAGCUGAGUGACACCUCAUGACGAGAGCCGUCUGUAACUCAACGCCCGCCUGUCUGAUGGAUGAAGCAGGAGAGGUCAAGUCAGAGGAGGAGAAUUUGUCCAGACCGUCUGAGGCGAGUGCAGCUGAAGCCAGUGCAGUUCUUGGCCCCAUCAAAAGGAUUACCAACUGUGUCUAAUCCUCAGGCUUACAGUUCAGCAGAUCAUCCCAAACUCAUUUUAGAUUUAGUUUGCCCUGUUUUCUGCUUAAAAAAGGGAAAUGCUUGUGCGUACGAGGAUGUGGCUCUAUUGAGUCAAAUUUCACUGAAGGCGGUAAAAAUUACACGAUUAUUUCUGCACCUCCGCCAAUAAUUUGACUGCAGACACUGUCUGACACAACCUUAAGCAUGUUCAAUAAAGUUUUUCUUCAUGUCCUAUUCCAGUUAUCUUUUGAUCUAUUGUAAAAGCGUUCCAGAUUGUCUUUUAAUUAUGAUUGGAGCUAUCCAGCUGAUGUUCAUGGAUCUAUUUGUCUGCAAGUGAAUGCAUCAGAAGGGAUCAGAGCAGGGAGCUAGCUUCUACGUCACUGCUACAAUCUUUUUCCAACGCCAUUUGGUCGUCUGCUCCUAACUUAUAACAAUUUAAAUAAAGAAAUGCAAUUUUAAGCUUCAUUUUUCUAAUUUAUGUCCUUCAUCAUCCCACAAGAAGAGGUGAAAACACCAAGAACCUGAUUUUUAUCAGAGUGGGUCUUUAAAGUGUCUUUUUUUUACAGUUUAUGCUUGAAUAAGCUCUGUCAAAUGUUUCAUUGGAGUCUCUUCAUACAUUUGUAAGAUGAUUGUUCCAUUUCUGUUGUACAGUUUAAAUAAAACUGGGACAAUUUUA